AUGAAUAGGUCACAAUCUAACUUUAACUUAACAGAUUUAAAUAACACUGAACAUUACCAGUCUGUCACCAGUAAAUCAAAAGGUGCGAGUCUAGAUUCACCACCUCCACUACCUGUGAAAAAGCCACCGUCACAUCAAUCGUCUGUAGUUUUGUAUAGAUACGGCGAGGAAGGUGUUACGUUUGGAAAAAGGCGAUUUGAACCAACUCCACCUCAAACCACCAACUCCAAAAAUCCGGAUUUAUUGAAGAGAGAAGCUCUGGAUAAGAAUCAAAAUAUGAACGUUCGUCAAAAUGACGAUCAUGCAGCGGAAAACCGUAAUUCCAGCUAUUCUAUCUGCUAUUGGUUUUCUCUUAUUAUAAUGUAUCUUUUAAUAUGCAUUGCUAUGGCUAUUUUGGUACUGCAUGUGUUUCGACCAAGAGCUCUGAUAGGAAUUGGGAUUAGUUUCGAACAUAACACGACACCUGAAAUGACAAAAAUGAGCGAUUACACGAUGAACCAAAUGAAAAUACUAGAAGUACUAAGAGUCGUUGAAAUUUUGCAGAACAAAAUGUGCUUUGUAAGGAAAUUGUACAAAAACGAUAUGUAUACCAAAACUUGCGACGAUUUCAUUACUUUCAGUAUUUUUCUUGACCUGGCAUGCCUAAAUAACUUUACUUGCACGAUAGAAAAUAAUCUUUGA